GUGCUGAUACACCCAGAAAGAGAGAAGGGGAACCAUGUGUGGUGAGAAGCAGUCCCUGGAAGGAGCAGUGAGGGCUGAGAGAGGAAAGCACAGAACUGCUGAGUUGGAGGUCCCUGGACUGGAACCCAGAGUCAGGCUGGGCCUGGGUUCCCUACCAGCUGCAGAGGGAGCGCUGCCAUGGGGCAGCGAGAGGGACUUUGCUACCUUGGAAGGGGGAACACUGAGUGGCCUGGCUCCAGGGCUGAGUCACGAAGCCCAUGCUGCAGUUUCUGGAGCGAGAGACGGGCUGCAGACCAGAGGGAGAGACUGAGCAAUAGCGUGUGAACCCUGGAAGCGGGUGUUGACCUCAAGAGCUAAUCCCCAGAGCGAGCAGGAGGAGGCACCAGAGCAGUGGUACGUUAAGGAAGGCCGCUUUCGGAUCGAGGAGAGAACGCUGACGGCUUUCCAGUGGCUAUACUCCCCACACCAGCAUCACAUUGUCAGCCGAGCUGAUCUGGCGUCACCAAGCAGGAUUGACAAAAAAAUGCUCGCCAGUCUGAAGAUCAAGAAACAGGAGCUGUUAAACAACACAGAUGUGACCAUUCCAGACCGGCCAUUAUCCCCUCCACUCACUGCCCCAGCAACCAUGAAGUCUGCAGAGUUCUUUGAAAUGCUGGAAAAAAUGCAGGCACCAAAACCUGAAGACCAGAGAAUUGGAAGCCAGAAAAAUAAGGAAGAUUACAUCCCAUACCCCAGCAUUGAUGAGAUUUUAGAGAAAGGAAGCCCUUAUCCCAUGAUCAUUCUGCCCCAAUUCGGAGGAUACUGGAUUGAAGAUCCAGAAAAUCUCAGCACGCCCACCUCGUCGGAUAGCAGCAUCUCUGAAGAGGAAGAGGAAAACCUUAGCCCUAGCACGUAUGGGUAUAAAUUAGAGUGCAAAGGUGAAGCCCGGGCAUACAGAAAACACUUUCUAGGAAAGGAUCAUUUAAAUUUUUAUUGUACAGCCAGCAGCCUAGGAAAUCUGAUCCUUUCUAUUAAGUGUGAAGAGGCAGAUGGUACUGAAUAUUUAAGGAUUAUACUCAGGUCCAAACUGAAAACAUUACAUGAAAGGAUCCCCCUGGCAGGACUUAGCAAGUUUCCUAGUAUCCCGCAGAUUGCAAAGGCUUUCUGUGACGAUGCCUCCGGACUGAAGUUUAACCCAGUCCUGUACCCCAAGGCAUCCCAGAUGAUAGUGUCUUAUGAUGAGCAUGAGGUUAAUAACACAUUUAAAUUUGGUGUGAUUUAUCAAGAGUUUAAACAGACUUUAGAGGAAGAGUUGUUUGGGAAUAAUGAAGAGAGCUCUGCUUUCAAGAACUUCUUGAGUUUGCUAGGGGAAACCAUAACACUCCAGGAUUUCAAAGGUUUCCGAGGGGGUCUGGAUGUAAUGCAUGGUCAGACUGGUACCGAGUCUGUGUACACUGUGUUCAGGGACAGAGAGAUUAUGUUUCAUGUCUCCACAAAGUUGCCUUUUACUGAAGGAGAUGCACAACAGCUCCAGAGAAAGAGACACAUUGGUAACGAUAUAGUGGCAAUUAUAUUUCAAGAAGAAAACACUCCAUUUGUCCCAGACAUGAUUGCUUCAAAUUUCCUGCAUGCAUACAUUGUUGUGCAAGUGGAGAGCCCUGAAACAGACAAUGAAUCCUACAAGGUGUCGGUCACUGCCCGGGAAGAUGUCCCUUCGUUUGGUCCUUCUCUGCCAAGCCCACCAGUAUUUCAAAAAAACACAGAGUUCAGGGAGUUCCUGCUUACCAAACUUAUCAAUGCUGAAAAUGCUUGCUGCAAAUCUGACAAGUUUGCAAAGCUGGAGGACCGGACACGAGCUGCAUUGCUGGACAAUCUCCAUGAUGAGCUCCAUACACACACACAGGCAAUGUUAGGGCUGGGGCCAGAGGAAGAUAAGCUUGAGAAUGGAGGUCAUGGAGGUUUCUUGGAAUCAUUUAAGAGAGCCAUUCGAGUCCGCAGCCAUUCAAUGGAAACCAUGGUGGGGAGUCAGAAGAAACAUCACAGUGGAGGGAUCCCAGGGAGCCUGAGUGGAGGAAUCACCCACAACAGUGGCGAAAUAACAAAGACCACCUUCUCGCCUCCUGUAGCUGCAGCAACAGCCAAGAACCAGUCAAGGAGUCCUAUUAAGCGACGGUCGGGGUUGUUCCCCCGCCUGCACACUGGAUCAGAAAGCCAAUCAGAAAGCAGGACAAGAUGUGACAGUGUCUCAGGAACACAGAAGACACCAGACGGGGGACAUUCUUCUCAAGACAUGAAAUCUGAAACCUCAUCUAAUCCUAGCUCUCCUGAAAUAUGCCCUAACAAAGAAAGGCCAUUUAUUAAAUUGAAAGAGAAUGGAAGAUCAAACAUCUCCCGCUCUUCAUCAAGUACCAGCAGCUUCGGCAGCACGGCAGGGGAGACCGAAACCUUGGAAGAAUACGACAGCGUGGGCAGCCAUCCAUCCACAGCCUCGCCUUUCAAACAGGACGUGUUUGUCUACGGCUCUUCUCCCAGCAACGAGAAUCCAAGUAUGGCAGCUGCUGCUACACCGGUGAUCAUGAGCAGGAGUCCCACAGAUAUAAAGAGCAGAAACUCUCCAAGGUCCAAUCUAAAGUUUCGCUUUGAUAAGCUUAGCCAUGCCAGUUCCAGCACGAGUCACUAGCAGGCAACAGACGACAUGAACUUGUAAAAGUUUAUUUCUGUUAUGACAAAGGGAAAAACUCUUCUCUUCCACCAUCAAACGGGAAACCGUAUUCGCUACACUAAUAGCAACUGCCACGCUGCAUUGUGCGAUCUUCACCUGCUCAGCUGUACCUUGAAGUCAAGAAGAAACUGCCACCUAGCAGAAAUUUCUGUAGUCUAACAAGAACCCGUCUUUUCAGAGUGGUAAGCAAGUUGCUCGACUCCCAUUUUGUCUGACAAAACACAUUCUUGCAUUGCAGCGGGAGAUGCAUCUUCUACUUGAAGCAACUUCACCCUCUCGCUCGGUGCUCUGAAAUGUGUUACCCUCGUGUGCGCCUUGUAGCUAUUUGUCUUAAGAUGAGUGUUGUUCAUCUUGUAGAUCUUUGACUGGAAAAAGACAAUUCAAUAACCAAUCCUGUUUCCCAUAGGCCCUUUCCUAUUGCAACUCUGUGUCUAUCAAUUUAUGCUAGCAUCUGUUUUUCCUUGUCCAGAAAGUAAGCAGGACAGACAUUCUCUGUCGUUUCAGGAUGUCUCUGUGCUUUAUUUUUAGUUGCCUAAUGAAAAACAGGUGGUUGGUUUUUUUUUAAGAGUGGGGGGAGCUUGUCAGGAGACAUGCACAAGCUCUUUCAAACAUAUUUAUUUGACUCUCAGCUUGGACAGGAGGGAUCUCCUCCUCCUCCUCCUCACUUUGCUCUGAUCCGUUAAGGGAUUUUGGAGAAAAAUCAAGGGAAAAAUUCUGUGCUGCUGUAAAUCAGUAGAUCUCUAUUGACUUCCGAGAGGCACUGUGGUCUAGUGAAUGUGGCCCUGGGUUUUAUUCCUGGCCGCUUUGAGUGAACUUGAGCAGUAAUUUCUGUCGGCCUCUGUUCCCUUCCUCCUUGUUGGGGUAGGAACUGUCUCAUAUGAUGGGUUUGUUCAGUGCCAAGCAUAAUGCGACCUCCAGGCACUCCCACUCUAGAAAUAAUAACAACAGAGGCUGCGCCAUUUUACAGUAGAGAAUUUGGCCCUCACUCUUUAGGAGGACAUAUGGUCUGGAGAAUAUCCACUUGGCUGGAAUCUAUCUCCAGCAAGCAAAUUACAAGCUGACUUCUGUUGUUUGUUUGUGUAAACUCGCUUGGCAGGACUGGGUAACCCACCUACUCAGAGGAAGUUCAUCCUUUUGCUGUGUAAUGGAUUAUUCACAUUCUGUGGGGAGCGGCUGUGCAAUGUCAAAACAGGGCUGGGAAGAAGGGAAAAAAACCUCCUCCUGUGAAUAGAGUGUGAUAAAUGAGCAAACGCCACUCUCCCAUAAUCACACAACAACUCUCCAGCUCUUGUUCUAAGUCUCCAUAAUUCUACAUCACCCUGGGGUAUGGCUUAUUUCUGCAAACAGGGCUUGUACUUGAGCAAGGUUCUCCUUUGCUUGGGCAGCAGCCGUGUGGUUUGUAUUUUUAUGGGUGCCAUGAUAGUAUACAAGAGCCUGCAGAAUGACCAACACAAUGCUCUUGGCAGACAUCACCAGAGAUUCUGCACCUCACCCAAUCAGCGAAGGAAGUUUGCCGUUAGAAAAGGGACAAAAACAUUGGAGAACAUUUUUUAAGCUGUAUAAAUAUGCCACAGAUUUACGGUAUUGUGAGAAAACAGUCAGGCCCCCCCCCCAUUUUUCCUUCCACUUUAUGCUUCAUGGAAAGUGAUUUCACUUCCCCCUCAUAGGUCAACUCAUCAGUAGUACACGGCCUUGUUAAGGAACAGCACCUAGGUCACCUGCCACCCUUCAAGACUCAACUGCCAGGACCUGAGGGCUCCUACAGAAUCAAAUGUAGAAGUUUAAUCAAACACCAGGGGUCUGAAUGUACAUCCAUUGCCCUGCACCUUUUACUCUAGUGCAAUGAAAAGGUAAAAUGGAAUUAUGGUGUGUGGCUAAGGCAAGGGAGAUUCAGAGCCUGGCUAAUUUAAGGGGUUCCUGUAGUACUAUUGGAGACAUUUAAUUAAACAAAGAAGAGGCACUUUCAUUUUUAUCAGCACCUGAACUGCAGCGAGAGGGGAAGUGCUUUAUAUAAUUUAAACACCUUUCCCCCGGCCCCCAAACAGAGUGACUUAAACUACAACUGGGCAGUGGUGAUUCUGACUAAGUAGAUCUCAAAAGCACCCACUGAAUUUUACGGGCCAGAUCUUCAGCUGGGGUCAGCAGGUGAUGCUCCAGUGACCUCCAUGGAGCUAUGCUGACUUGCACCGUAUGAGAAUUGGACCCCAUAUCUCAAAUUUUAGUUUCACAUGAAAGACUUUUCAGUACCUGACUUGUUCCUCCAGAAAAUGGGGGAAAAGACAGUGUAAUUUCUAUGGCAAAGAGUUGCUAAAGCUUCUUUUAUGGGAAAAUAAUUUACUAUGGAAAUACUGGUGGAGCUAAUUUCCCCCUCCUGUGUGUGACAGCUUGUACGUCAUUUCUGGCGGUGGGUACAAGUAACUACUUUGAUUUUGAUAUCAGGAACUCUAAAUACCUCUAUCAAUUUCCAUAAAAUGUAGCCAGCUUCCUUUUUUUUGUUCUUUUCUUAUGGAGGGCCCAUCCAAAGCCCACUCAAGUCACAGGGAGUCUUUCCACGACAGGGCUUGGGAACCAUUCUAUUAGCACUCUAAAAAGAAGGUUUCCACGCUCUGUAAAAUGACAACAAUUUUUUUCCUUAAAUUAAUCCAAUUGAUUCGCUAACACUGCCUCAUUAAAUGAGGGGUGUCACUUGCAUUUGGAAAGAAAAUUUUCAUACUUUGAACUUCAAAUGUAUGCCCUAACCGCUGGCACCAAAGAGGCUCUGAAGUGUCCCAAAUGGGUCUCUGGUGUCUAAUUUGUGGAUGUUAAGUGCAGAAUUGGGCACCCUAAUAUAAGCACCCCCCACCAGUCACAACCGUAAAGUGACAGAGGAAAGUUUAAAAUACAUGUGAGCAUAACAAAGCGAGGUACCGUAUUUUCAAGCAGCCCACAGCAGGGGGAGUUCUUCCCACAGGCAAAUCCUCAGCUGGUACACUUCAGUAUAGUUUGAUUAAAGUCAAAGGAACUACACUGGCUCUACAGCCUUGAAGGAUCUAACCCCAUGCUGGCAAAGUGCUAUGGUAACUUGGACACAAGCUUGCCUGGCCUUUGGAAAGAGCCUGAAAUUUUGGUUGAGGCAAACACACAGUAUGAAGAACCAAAUGUUCAUUUUCGGUCAGUAGCACACUGCAUAUUAGUUUACUAAAACAGAUACUUAAAUUUGUACAGGUGCUGCCAGUGCCUACACAUAGUCUGCCAAUUUAAAAUAAAACUAAUCGCCAUAUAAGAGCUUGUAACUAUAACAGCAGAUGACGUAAAGGGCAAUAGACAAAUUUUAUUGAUUAUUUUCUCUGAGAACAGACAGUUUUUCUUUAAAAAGUACUGCUCUCUGCAGAAUGAAAUACUAGUAACAACUAACCAAAAUUCAGAAUACUUUCCCCGAAUAGAAUUUAAAUAUUAAAAAUGAAUAUUUUGUUUAAAUAAGGAAAAAGCACUGUCUCUUAAGUCCUGUUUUGCAGCAGUAUGUAUAGAUAGGUACAGAUGUCUCAGGUUCAAAACAUUUUAAAAGCUCAUAUUUGUGUGCCAGGGCAGCAACUUUUACAUAUUUUCUUCACUCUUUCACUUAGAUAGUGUUUGAUCAAUUUCUUGAAGCCAUAUACCAAAAUGUCACCUGGUAGCUUUUUUUUUUUUUUUUACUUUUGCUUUGAGGUUUUUUUGGUAUUUCAACGGGCUGCUUUGAUUCUACAGAAGUCACCUUUAUCUUAAGUGCUGAUCUCUGUAAAAUCUUUUGGCAUAAGACAUGUCAUCUUGGGGUAUUUCAUUAGAGACUGUGACUUUCAGUAAAAGUUGUUUGAAUGUGAUUCAAAGCAAUGUCGAUGGGAAAGUUUGAAAAUAUAUGAGAGAAAUAGAGCAAAGUGGACUCAUCUUCACAAUACCACUCCCACAGAAUUUCAGAGGAGAUGGAGACUUAAGGUCAAGUUUUCAAAAGUACCCAAACAUGUCACGAAUUUAAGCUUGAUGAGUCUUAGAUACUUUUUACCCCCCUCACCACUUGUGAUCAUUAAAGAUCCUGUGGAGCAUUUUACAAGAGUAGGGGUUUUAAUGCUGCUGUCCUAGCCACAUUCCCAUAGAAUUACUUUGUCUACUUACAUUCGUUUUAAGGGAGGGACAGUAUUCUUCACUUCCUGUGCUACACCUAGGAGGCAUCUACACAUCAGUAUAUAUUGCAGAGUGCUUCAGGAUGACAAGAACUACAUUAGACGAAAACCUCAGUAGUUCUAGUUAAUACACUAAAUUCUCAGACAGUGCACUUUUCCAGUGUGAGUGAAAAAUGGGGAUUCAGAAAGCAGAAACAAGAUAUUUGUGUCAUUCUUCACAUGGUCCACAAAAAAGAGAGAUUUCUAUGGGACAGUGUUCUAGGGUCUGUCUUACCUUCUUGCACUGAUUUUACUGUAUUAACAUGGGUACGAUGGAAGUGCAAACACUGUAUAUUUAUUUAAUUUCCAAAUAAGACAUUCUGGGCCAGAUCCUCAGCUGGUGUAAAACAGCAUAGCUCCACUGACUUCAAUGAAGGCCUGGUCUUCCAGUUGGGGGUCAUUUUAUUUUAUGCUUUAACUUUUCCACCACUUAUUUGAGCCCUAAGGGCAAGAAGUUCUCUUCUCUAAUCUGCAGCACAUCCUGCACUUGUUACCUGCCUGGAACUUCCACAGAGAGCACUGGGGACUCUAGGCAGAGAAGAAGAGGGGGAUUUUCAAAAGCUUCUAAGGGAGUUAACAGCAGGAGUCAAAUUGAAAGUCUAUGGGGCUUGUGCUCCUAAAUUGCUGAGCCUCUGAAAACCCCAUCCCAAGUAUAUCAUAUGCAAUCAAUCCCACAUUGCAGACAGGAAAUCUCAAGUGCGGAAUGGAAUGGAGAAUUUUGUCCUGCCUCUCAAUAGCAGGAAGGGGAUUGGUUUGCAGCUGUGUAUGCAAACUUACAUGUACGUAAGUGCUUUCCUGCAUAAGUCUCACUGAACUCCACAGAAAGCAGAGCCCUUAAAGUGCUUUGUUGAACAGGGGUGUACUUAAGCAAAUAUUUAACUGCUUUUCUGAACUAGGGCUUUGGUUAAUGUAGCGAUGAAGGGCCAAACAGCGAGCUGGUGUAAAUGGACACAUUAACACCAGCUGAGGAUCUGUGCCAAAGAUUUUUCAGCGAUCUUUGGGCCUGAUUGUGAGAGGCACAUACAACUGCCAUUGAAGUCAAUGGACAUUGUGGGGGCUCAGCACCUCGAUUCAUGGGGCUUACGUUCAAAAUUCUGUUUCAUUUUUAAAUAGUUAAAGGUUUCUUUUUUUUUCCAAAUCUUAAAGCAUGCUUUCAGGUUUUUUUUUUUUUUGUCAUGAAUGUAGUACUGUAUAAAAUCCUGCAAAGGGUUUUCUAAACAUUAGAAUGUGACGAGAGGUAACCGUGUAGAAAAAAAUUCUUAAUGAAAUGUAUCUGACAAAAAAAUUAUUUUUUUGUAGAGAGGUGAUGCUUUGUAGAGUUUCUGGUUACCUAUGUUUGUGUAAAUAAUGUACAUUUAAUUUAUUGCUAUGGUAGCAUAUUGUAUUUGUUAUGUAUAAAAACUAAUUCUAAAGGUUCAAAAAUGUAUAUUUUGUUGCUUAAUUGUGUCUUUGCAAAGUUCACAAUAAAUAACAUAUUUUGUGCCUGUAA